AAACCUCUUCACAGUUGGUAUUUGAAGUGGGUCAGGUGACAUAUUGGAAUUCGCGAAUUAUAGAGUAUCAGACAUUACCAUUUAAGCAACCAAUUGAUAUGAAGCAACGAUUGAACCAAGGACGUCUUUAUGUUAUACUUCACUCAGUAAAACCUGCGGUUGAAGGAUCAGAUACAUACUUUUAUGUAAAAAAGGGAAAUAGCGAAUUUAGAUCUCCAUAUACUAUACAAAGAAUUACUACAGAAAGAGACCCAUUUCGGCCUGCUGAAAUGCCUACACGAAGGAUUUUAAAUAUCAGUACUCCUAAAAUUCAUAGUGCAAAUCCCCGAAAAUCAACCGGUUUUGCAAAUAUAAUAUCUAAUAACGAUAAAGAG